AUGUCGGGAAAUAAUAUUAAAGUUGUCUGUCGUUUCCGUCCUCAGAAUGCUCUUGAAGUAAGAGAAGGUGGUGUCCCAAUUAUUGAGAUUGACGAAGAGGGAACUCAAGUAACCAUAAAGGGUGAAACUACGUCUAGUUUUGCUUUUGAUAAAGUAUUUGGCAUGAAUACACCCCAACAGGAUGUAUUUGAAUAUUCUAUCAAAAGCAUAGUAGAUGAUGUCACUGCUGGUUAUAACGGUACUGUCUUUGCUUAUGGUCAAACAGGUUCUGGUAAAACAUUCACAAUGAUGGGUGCAGAUAUCGAUAAUCCCCAAACAAAGGGUAUUAUCCCACGUAUUGUCGAACAAAUAUUCGCAAGUAUCAAUGAUGCACCAAGUAAUUUGGAAUUCACUGUCAAAGUUUCUUAUAUGGAAAUUUAUAUGGAAAAAGUUCGUGAUUUAUUUAAUCCAUCCAAUGACAACUUGGCUAUCCAUGAGGAUAAGACGCGUGGUGUUUACGUAAAAGAUUUAUAUGAGAUUUAUGUAGCAAACAAAGAUGAAGUAUAUCAAGCCAUGAAAAAUGGUAGUGCAAACCGUAUGGUUGCUUAUACACACAUGAACGCUGAAAGCUCUCGAUCUCAUUCUAUUGUCGUGAUUACCAUCACACAAAAGAACUUGGAUACAGGUGCUGCAAAGAGCGGUAAGCUCUAUUUGGUUGAUUUGGCCGGUUCCGAAAAAGUAGGCAAGACAGGUGCAUCCGGUCAGACAUUGGAAGAAGCUAAAAAGAUUAAUAAAUCUCUGACUGCCCUGGGUAUGGUCAUUAAUUCCUUAACAGAUGGAAAGUCCAGCCAUAUUCCCUACCGUGACUCUAAGUUGACACGUAUCCUCCAAGAAUCUUUGGGUGGUAACUCUCGCACAACCUUGAUCAUCAACUGUUCGCCUUCCUCUUUUAAUGAAGCCGAAACAGUGUCUACCUUAAGAUUUGGUAUGCGUGCAAAGACAAUCAAGAACAAGGCCAAGGUCAAUGCUGACCUAUCACCUGCCGAACUAAAGGCUCUGCUCAAAAAGGCCAAGACAGAAACAAUGACUUUCCAAACUUAUAUUGCCGCUUUAGAGGGUGAGGUAAACGUCUGGCGUACUGGUAAUACUCUGCCAGAAGAAAAAUGGGUAUCUUUAGAUAAAAUUAAUAAGGGCGAUUAUUCUGCAUUGCCUCCUGCAUCCGGUUUUAAACCUUCCACUCCAGUUGAUGAUGCAUCUCGGCCCACAACUCCUUCAGUUGUUUUGGAGAAAGAUGAACGUGAAGAACUCUUGAAGCGUGAAAAUGAAUUGAUGGAUCAAAUUGCUGAAAAGGAAACUGAACUUGCCAAUCGCGAAAAGCUGCUGGACUCAUUGAAAGAGGAAGUCAAUUAUUACAAAGAGCAUGAAGCUCUUAUUACCAAAGAAAACCAGCAGAUGUCUAAUGAACUGAGUGAAUUGAAGUUACAGCUUCAGAAGAUAUCAUUUGAAAGCCGAGAAAAUGCUAUCAACGUUGAUUCUUUGAAGGAAGCCAAUCAAGAGCUUUUGAAUGAACUUGAAGAGCUUCGAAGAAAUCUGCAAGAAGUCCGUAUGGCUUAUAAAGACAGCACUGAUAAUGAUAAAGAAAAGAAGAAGGCAGAUCUGAUAGCACAAAUGAUGAACAAGUGGGAUCCCUCGGGUGAGAUCAACCAAAAAGAACGUCAAAUUCGUGAAUCAGUCAACAAGCUUGAGGCUGAGGGAAGCUUGCCUCUAACUGUAGAGGAAGCAGCUGCCCUUCGUCGUGAUCUUGCUGACUCUCAAAUAUUGUUGGAACAGCACACAAAAGCUAUCGAUACCCUUCAAGAUGAAAAACAAGUACUUGAAAAGAAGAAGGUUGAGCUUGAUGAACGCUUGAAGAAACUUGAACAGGAAUAUGAAGAAUUACUGGACAAAACAAUUGCAGAAGAAGAGGCUACUGCUAAAAAGAAUGCAGACAUUGAAGUGGCUAUCUCUGCUGUCAAGACUAAAUUGGAAAGUCAGUAUGCUUCAAAGAAGGAACUUCAGCAAGAAGAAAUAGAAAAACUAAAGAAAGAAAUUAACUCAAAGGGAGACAACAUCAACAAUCUUUCACAAGCAUUGCAAUCUUUGAAAGAAGCUACUGACAGCCUUCAAAAAACACUUGCUGAGCAAACUCCUACUGCAUCCACCGCCUACUCUGAACGUGAGCAAGAGAUUGAGCGUAUGCGGAAAGCCAUGGCCAAGGACUUGGCUGAUUUUGAAUCCAUGAAAAAAGCACUCAUGCGCGACUUACAGCUUCGCUGUGAGAAGGUGGUAGAAUUGGAAAUGUCUCUGGACGAAACACGAGAACAGUACAACAAUGUGUUGAGAGCAAGUAAUAAUAAAGCUCAGCAACAAAAGAUGGCUAUCUUGGAACGUAAUCUCGAGCAGUUGAAGAACGUUCAAAAACAGCUUGUCGAGCAAAAUUCUUCACUAAAGAAAGAAGUUGGAGUUGCCGAGCGUAAAUUGAUUGCACGCAAUGAUCGAAUUCUAAGCCUUGAGCAAUUGCUACAAGACGCCCAAGAGAAACUGAUCAACCAAAAUCACAAGUUCGAAGGACAACUGAGAGCUGCAAGGGAACGACUUCAGCAAGCUUCACAACAGAAACAGCAAGCUGGUCAAAUAAUAAGCAGUGGACGCGUAGCCAAGCCCAUUCGUGGUGGAGGCGCUGGUGCUGUAGUUCAUCAAGACGAAACUGCCCCUGCUUCGCCUACAGAGAAAAACAAGCGUACUUCUUGGAUUUCCGGUAUUAUUGGUUCGAGAUAA